CCGCACUUUGGUGCCCAGCGGUCGCGUUUCGCGGUAAACUUCAAUUUGAAUUCGAAACGUGCUAAUUUUGUUAAAUUCCAAGUGCAAAUAUUUUUCGGAGCUAUUGCUGCGCAACAAAGGCAAACUUAAGAUGGAGACGCAGCUGCAGUGGAAAUGUUGGAUAUUGAUCUUCCUGGUCGGACGGCCGGAAUUUGGAUCUGCCUCCCGUAUACUCUUCAUGGGUCCAUUUCCAGCCCCAAGUCAUUGGCUCUGGCUGGAGCACUUCCAGAACGAUCUUCUGCGACAAGGACAUCAUGUGACCAGUGUGAAUAACCAUCCCACAAAGCACUCCCACGAAAAUCUGACAGAGAUUAUCAUCAGUCCUUCCUUUGAUAUACCCAAACACUUUCCAAAGGAGAACAUCUUCUCGAUGCAAUUCGUGAGCGAUUUCAAUAACCUGGAGCUUUGGUGGACCAUUGGACUUAUGACCACGGAGCACGCCUUCAAGGAUCCCAAGGUGAAGAAACUGAUUGAGAGCAAGGAUGAUCACUUUGACGUGGUCAUCCUGGAGCAGUUUUUCCAUGAGGCCUUUCUGAUGUUCGGCAAGCGGUUCAAUUGCCCGGUGGUCACGAUUGGCACCAUGGGCUAUGCUGAUAACAUAGAUCACGCAAUGGGCAUCCUAACGCCUUGGUCCUUGAUUCCCCAUCUACUGCUGUCCCAUACGGAUCGCAUGACCUUCGGCCAGCGAUCUUACAAUGCCUACUUAUCUCUGUACGAUGCGGUUAUGAGACGAUGGGUUUACCUGCCCAAAAUGCAAAAAUUGGCAGAGAAGUACUUUCGCGGAUCGAUAGAAGGCCCCCUUCCAAAUGUUCUUGACCUAGAACGAAAUAUUUCCCUUGUCCUGAUUAAUGCCCACCGGAGUGUCGAUCUUCCGAGGCCCAGUAUGCCAGGACUCAUAGACGUGGGAGGAGCGCACAUUCAGAAGCCCAAAAAGUUGCCCACUGACCUCCAGAAUUUCCUGGAUAAUGCCACCUACGGUGUGAUCUACUUUAGCAUGGGCUCCUACGUGAAGAGCACUGAUUUGCCACAGGAAAAAACGGCGCUGAUUCUCAAGGCCUUCGGCCAGCUGAAGCAGCAAGUGAUUUGGAAGUUCGAGAACGAUUCCAUAGGCGAUCUGCCCUCGAAUGUGAUGAUCAAGAAAUGGAUGCCCCAGAACGACAUUUUGGCCCAUCCGAAUGUCAAGCUCUUCAUCACGCACGGCGGUAUUUUUGGAACCCAGGAGGGUAUUUACUGGGGUGUUCCGAUGCUGUGUGUGCCCCUGUACGGGGAUCAGCACCGGAACACUAUCAAAUCGGUUAGGGAGGGCUAUGCCCGAUCCCUGGUGUUCUCCAAACUCACCACUGAUGACUUGGUGCGGAAUAUCGAGACCCUGAUCAACGAUCCCCAGUACAAACGCAGUGCUCUGGAGGUCUCGCAGAGAUUCCGCGAUAAUCCCAUACAUCCGCUGGACGAGGCCACCUUCUGGAUCGAGUACAUAAUCCGGCAUCGUGGGGCGCGGCAUCUGAAGUCCCAGGGAGCCUUCAUCCCCCUGCACCAGUAUCUGCUCCUCGACGUCUUGGGUUGCCUGUUGCUGGGCGCAUUCCUCGCCAUCUGGCUGCCAUGGCGGAUGAUCAGGAGGGUCCACAAGUGGUGGCUCCAAGGGGAAUCCGCUGACAAGCUGAACGAGAGCAAGAAGCGCUUGUAGGAGAGGGCUGUCUCUCUACUAGUCGCAGAGAUUAUUUAUUGUGAUAUAUUUUUAGAUCACAUUGUUCUCAAUUACACGGGCUGAUUGUUGCUAA